GUUGCGUCAUAUUGCACGGAGAAGUAGAAGUUGUUUGUUUAUUGAUGCAUUAUGGCAGAUGUGCCAGAACGGUCUUUAAAUUUCCUGCGCUGUGAGUGACGCAUGUUUGUUGUGACAGGCGUCGCAGGUUCUUAGCUUCUGCGCGGAGUUACGUUCGGCAAUUUGGUGUUUGUCUCAAGGAAUCGAGAGAAAAUUGUUCUGGAUGUUUUGCCUCAGUGUCUUCAUUAUUUUCCAUUAUCUGAUGUCCAUCAUAUCCAUGGUGAAAUAUUAUUCACCACUCUUUCUCGAGGGGAUGAAAUCAGGCAGAAUUAGAUAAGGUCUUGGUUGACGUUUCCGUAAAUAACGUAACUAUCCGGUGAACGGUCCAGACACUUGGAUGAUGUCACCCAGGAUACCGAGCAGCAUACAUAGCACACACCUGUUGGGCAUUUGGAUCGCAAUAGCCAUACAUCAACACGAUAUCGACCUUUUUCGCAAUUGGUAAACAGUCCAUUUUAACACGGACUGAUCGGAAGAGAAGUCCAUUGGAAUGGAAUUUUCUUGAGGACAAAUGUGGUGCAGUACUUCGCACCUCCAUUUUCAGUUAACUUGAAUGGACAGCCUGACGCCAUUAUGCUGCUUGAGAUACUUCUCAUAUUUGGUUUAAGUAUUUGGAAUGGCUCACAUGCACAUUUAGAGCAUCCAGAAUUGUGUGUGGUGAGUUCUUUGGAAACACCGUAUUUCACUCCCUGGCUUGAAACUCCUCGCAAGGCACGUGGCUGUUGGGCGACUCCUCAUGCUUCCAGUGUAGCUGAGGUUCAUGUACUAGUGUUACGAGGUCCACGUGUUUCGCCUUGGGUGAGUCUUGAUGUCCUAGGAUCUGGUUUGAGGAACAGUCUUGUUCUGGUUCUCACAUCAGCCCAUGCUGUUAACUGGAAGAUAACUACAAGGCUUCCCAAUGGAGUUACAGUGCCACAUGUUAUGGUAUCUAAUGGAUCUACACUGGAGUCACACACUGAGCUCAACACUUCACAACACUGGUGGCGAAACAGAAGAGCUCUGCAGAGAUAUUUACACCAUCAGUUUAAGGAUCUAGCUUCCUAUACAGAAGUACAAGGUGCAAACAGAAUUGAGCUUACUGUGGGUUUGUCGUGGCCAGAGGAAUAUUGCGACAUGCAAUCAUUGUCUGAAAGCCGUGUUGUUUCUGCUUCACGGGCUGUACAAAUUAGAACGGAGGGCUGCUUUCACAAAAACUACAUUGGAGACAAUCCCAUGGAUGUAUAUGUGGUGGAAAUGGAUGCUGGUCCAAGAAACAACGGAAGAGAUGAACGUGCAGAUCGAGCUUCACUGCCAGUAGUCCUAGUACAUCUUCAUGAAGGUGGAGAUAGUGGAGAUACACUGCUAACUGAAUUACACAAUCUGACUUUGGUACUGAAGAGCAGCCAGCCUGUUCGAUGGAGAUUUGGUCACACACCUCGUAACACUGGAAAAAUUGUUAUUGUGAGUAAUGAAGGUGAUCAAGUUGAGAAUGAAGAUCAUCCUGGCCUGAGUGUCCGGUGGGAAAGGCUACCUGACAGACUGGAUACUCUUCUUUUGGCUAUCACUAAAGAAUUUGGUGUCCCACCAGUGUUGUAUGCAAGAACUGGAAGGGCAUCUACAUUAAAUCUAAUUGUUGGUACUUGUACCAGUAAUGGUUGUGCUGGUGACUCAAUGAAAGUAAUACCUGUGGCUGAAACCAGUGAUGUGUUUCACCUGGAUGGGUGGAAAGUUACUGAGGAUACUCUUGGUGUAAUGCAACAACAACCUGUGUCCAGUGAUAGGAGUACUGCUCAUAAUUUAAAGACAGACGAAAUCAGAGAAGAAAUUUUGGCACGGUUGAAGAAAGCAAUGAUCGUGAACUGCAGUGAAAAACGUUUCACCAUUACCUUUCCGUUGUCAGUAGUGAAACAGCUUGGUUCCCCGCAACUGAGCUUCAGUGAUCGCAGCUGUAUUGGAGUCCCCAACAGUACGCAUGUGACACUUACCAGUCCUUUAACAUCAUGUGGUAGCACAAGUGCAAUUGACCGUGGCCUCACCGCUUUUUACAAUUAUAUUCAAGUCCAGCCAGCUGGCAUUGAAGAAACAAGUGAAGACAAGGAAUUUUAUGGUGAUUUAGCAGAAAGUGAGGGAAUUCCUAUUGUCUGCAAAAAUCAACCAUACUACAUUGGUGGUAAAGUAGAUGUGUCAGACAGCAGUACAUUUGAUAUGGUGGAACAUAAUGGUGUCAGACACAAAAGUCUUUACAACAUGGACCUGUUCAGAGAUAAGGAGUUAAACCAGCAACUCCAUUUUGAUCCUCUUAAUGUUCAAAUAGAAGAAGUUAGAUAUGGUGAACAAAUUUUUGUGCGGGCUUGGAUGGAAGGAGGUGGGACCAAAGUUCAGCUGGUUACUGAGAACUGUUGGCUGACAAAUUCUUCUGAUCCGAAAAGCAAAAUACAGAAGUUUCUUCUUCGUAAUGCAUGCCCUGUUGACUCGUCAGUCAGCUUACUGCAGCAGCAUGGAAGCUUCAGUUUUAAAACAAGCCCUGAAUAUGUAGAAGUGGGUGUCGUGUAUAUGCACUGUCGUAUUGGUAUGUGCACCUAUUUGGAAUCCCUUACAAAAGGAAACUUGGCAUUGUGUGUCAACAGAACACAGCAUUGCUCAAAGCCAAGGUCCCAGCCACUUGUGAACCAGACGACAGUGUCGACAGCUCAACAGAUAGUUACCCGUGGGCCACUGAAGUUUGUACCCAAUUUUCUGACACAUGUAAAGAGUAUUGCAGCCAUCCCUUCUCCAACUUCUGCUGAAGCAGUGUUCCCACAUGUUGUUGAUAUGAGUACAACUUGUGUGUCCAUACAAGCUACUGUGGGGAUUGCUCUGACAUCUUUUGUGAUUGGUAUUGUACUGAUGAUAAUCAUUUGGUUCAUCCAUGUGAAAACUGAUCCAUUGCGGCAUCACAGAACAAAACAAGUUCAUCAGACUGGAGGAAUAACCACAGGAAAUAUUAGUGCAGGUGGCACUGUUUUCAAUGUACCCCCGAACAGUGUUGGGUCAAGUGCUAAUUUAUGAUAUGUUACAUGUGGUUCUCCAGUAAUGUGGGCACGGUUGUGAGUGAGCAUUGUUGUGACAAGAUGCAGCUUUUAUUAUUGCACCCAGGUUGCAGUUACUGUUGUACGAAAGAAGUGAUUGCAGAUGUGAAUCUAUUCACUUGUGAGCCGUGUUGAAGAAACUGAAAUGUGUAUGAAACCAAGUGUUGAGUUCCUAUUUGAACUGCAGUGUUUAACCUUUAUCAUCUCCACCAUCAGCAACAAAAGUACCGUACGUUAAAGUAUACAUCAUACAGAAGAGAUGAGUUGGCUUCAAAUAAAAAUAAAUGGAUGCACAUCAAAUAAAGACACUCUUAAUGAUUCAGUGGUGCAGUAUCAGUAUGCAUGGUAGUGAUUUUUUUUUUAUUCGCUCUUUGCCUCCAUAUAACACCAUUAGUGUUUCAAAAUGGAACAGAAUCUUCACUUGCUCAAAUCAUUUUUGCAGUUUACUGAUAGAUUUGCUCUAAUAUUAUGAGUAUUUCUAUCACAUGGGAGAGUAACCUUUAACCUGCAAGGCAGAAUUGGAACUAUUUUUAUAUUCUGGGCCUUACUAGAAAACAUUUGUGGAAAAAAGACAUAUUUGCAAAUAAAAGUGAGUUAUGGUGUUGAACUGCAUUUGAAACACGGACAAGUGUGAUCAUUGUUGAUAUUUUUGGUAUUGAUCAAGGUUUUUGCAUAUCGUGUUGCAACAUUCUACCUUGAAGUAGCAACGUGCAUGCAAUCACAGCCCCACUUGGGAGCUGUGUGUUGUCUGUGCCCUGAAUGUGCAUACAACAUGUGUUUCACCUUUUUAAUGUUACAUAGAAUCAAAACACUUUUUCUGAGGAUGUGCGUGUUUUUAGGUAUUUAUUAUGUCAGAUCUGUUAGUAUCACAGUAUAACAUUCACAUGUACAAAAUAAGCAAAUGUCUAUCCUAAUCAACUAAAAUAAAAUUGACGGGUAUUUUUGAGGCCAUAAAUGGCUACACUUGCGUGUAAUCAGAAAUCGUGUCGUCAUGGUUUCUAGUAUUUGAUUUGUUUCUGUAAAGAAAGCUUUAAGAUUUUUCAGUAUCUGACUGUGUUAAUGUUAACUGAAGCAACCUUCACAUUUAGUUUUCUAGUGUGUUUGGUUCUCUUUAAUGUAAUUACACAACUUUGGAGGUUCACUUUACCUGAUAAAGUGUUUAUUUUAUGUUAAUAAAUAUUUGUGUGUGUUUUUGUCAUUUUAUUAGAAAGGGCAACAAACCAAGAAACUGUUGUAGGGUACCUGUCUUUGUAUACAGUUGUUGAAAAUCAUAAUCAGGAAGUACAUUUACCUCAGUUUUGUCAUUUGCUCAAUAUUUAUAUAUGUGCUUACCACGUACUGACACAAACAUUGUGAAUAGUUGUUAAAUCUGAGAUUGCAUGAUGUUCCUAUUCAUUUUAAGUUCCUUAGCAGUAGAUUUUUUUACCCUAACACAAGCUGUCAGUUGAAGAGCUAUGGUAUAUGUAAUGUUAUUAUAUUUAUUGUAUAGUGCAUUUCAUUGACACUGUUUACAUUACUGUAAUACAGGAGUAGUUCAUUUACAUUGUAUUUGUGUACUCAUUUACCACAAUGUGACUUAAGUAAAAUGAUAAUGUUGUUGUGUUGAUAAUUCAGAGUAUGAGAACCAAUGGAAAGCUAUCAAUUUACCAAAAACCUAUGUGCACAACCACAACCAUUUGCUCUCAAAUGAUGAGCUAUAUAUUUUUCCAUUUAUACCACUGUUCAGGAGAGCUCUUUUUUCCUGCAUAUUUUAAAAACAUGGUUCUGUAGCUGCUGACCCAUAUCUGUACAACUUAAAAUGAUGUGGUUGUUGGUUUCUGUUCACUGUAGUUUAUUUAUUAAGUAACAUACUUGAUGCAAGUUACUUAUGUUAUUGUUUCUGUCAUUAUUUUUAAAAUCCUAGAUUGAUGUCAUUAACCAUUUCAUCUAAUCCUAAAUGAUGUCAUGUGAGCAGAACAGUUAGUUUAGACAAGUACUUUAUUUUGCAUAUUACCGUAUUUACUCGAAUCUAAGCCGCACUCGAAAUUAAGCCGCACCUGAAAAAUGA